AUGCCGUCGUUGCUCCAGGUCUUACACACUGUCUCGCCCGCCCAGGCGUAUGUGCUUCUGGCAUGCAUCGUCCUCGUCUCCAUCAUCUACUACAAGAGUCGUCCUCCCCGCUCUCGCCUUCCUCUCCCUCCUGGCCCCAAGCCGUUACCGCUGAUUGGCAACAUGCUCGACAUACCCAAGACCAUGUCUUCCGCCGAAUAUUAUGCUCUCUCUCGGAAAUAUGGCGAUAUUGUAUAUCUCAACGCCAUGGGAAAUUCAAUGAUACUCCUGGGGUCCAUGGAAGCUGCGAACGAGCUGUUGGAAAAGCGGGCUACGAACUACUCUAACAAACCAGGGUCAGCCAUGGCGAAUCUCUCAUUCUGGAUGGAACGCCGUGAGCUCCACCGCUUCACUGGACAGCCCGCUGCCAUCGCUCAGCACGGGCGCGUACUAGAGAAGCAUGCCGCAACGUACCUCGUCUCCCUGCUGAAGAACCCUGGCCGCUACAGCGAAGAUGCGCACCUAACCCUCGGGAAGGUGAUCAUGGAGCUCUCAUACGGCAUCAAGGUGAAGACAUACGACGACGACUACCUGAAGCUCGUGCAGGAGGGAAACGACAUUUUCCAGAAGGCCUUCGUCCCCGGCAAGUAUCUCGUCGAGACUUUCCCGGUGCUCAAGCACAUCCCCGCGUGGUUUCCGGGCGCGACAUUCAGGCGCGAGGCGGCCGGGUGGCGCGCGACGUACGGAGCCGUGCGGGAGCGGCCGUUCGCUGCGGCGAUGGAGCACAUGGUCAGCAUCAUCCCCACACUUCGCUCGCCUGCACAUCGCGGAGAUGAGGCGGCGGCGGCGUCUGUCGCAGGAGUCAUGGUCAGGUCCGCCCAAGACGAGAACGGGCGUAUCUCCCCGGACGACGAGGUGCUCGCGCAGAACGUCGCGAGCACGGUCUAUACGCUGACGACCAUUCGAAUGUUCUUCCUCGCAAUGGCCACGUACCCGGCGGUGCAGAAGCGCGCGCAAGAGGAGCUCGACGCGGUCAUGGGGCCCGACCGCCUCCCCACGCUCGCGGACCGCGCGGCGCUGCCGUACGUCGACGCCGUUCUCAAGGAGUGUCUGCGGUGGCACCCGAUCCUGCCCCUCGCGCUUCCGCGAACAUCGGCCGAGGACGACGAGUAUCGGGGGUAUCACAUCCCUGCUGGGACGACUGUGCUCGCCCACUCGUGGUGCUACUACCCUGACCCAGAGCGGUUCUCCCCGGAGCGGUACUUCACGGCUGACGGAAAGCCCAACAAGAACGUGAUGGACCCCCGAACAUUCGCUUUCGGAUAUGGGCGUCGUAUAUGUCCCGGCCGCAACCUGGGAGAGGCGGCGGUAUUUGUGACGAUCGCGUCGGUCCUGCACGCGUUCAACGUCGAGCCACCGCUCGAUGAGAGCGGACGACCUGUGGUGCCCAAGCCGAAGUUCGCGGCCAACUUCCUCUCGGACCCGGAACCGUUUGACUGUCGGAUCACAGUGCGUUCUGCAACAAUGGGGAGGUUGGUCCAGACGGCGGCGAGAAACAUGCGACCAGAGGUGGAUUCUAGAGAGCAUUGCUUCUACACGGCGAUGAUGGGCACGGUUAUUCCAGCAUAG